CAGCACGCCGCACCGCAGCACAGGCCGCAGGCCGCAGCACGCAGGCACCGGCCGCUGUGGCGCACAUGUGGUGCUGCGGGUGCGGCAGAAGCGCUGCUGCCUUGCGCUGCUUUUGCCGCGGUGAGCUUGUCCUUCAGGAGCUGGGCCUCUGCGAGAGGCACACACGCGGCACACAGCCGCAGGCAGCCGGCCUCGCGCGCGUUGCCCUGCACCCGCCGUCCGCUGCUCCUGUCGCUGCUUCCAUCCACCACUCUCCCCUCCCUCAAGCAGGGCCGUUCCUGACUCUUCCCUUCCACCGACGACGACCGCGGCCUCGCCUAUCCCACACUCUCUUGCACCUCACGCUCACUACCCGUCUCUCGCUCUCUCACUCACGCACCUCGUCUCGCUCGUCCGGCGCCGGCAGUCCCACCUCUGCUCGCCCACCGCGAGGCCUACCUCUACCCACUCUACCACCAUGUUCAGCGGCGCAUACCGCGCCUUCGUCGUCGCCGCCUUCGGGCUCGCGGCGGCGCAGCAGGCGCUCGCCCAAAAGGCCGGCACGAUGGAGAUCGUCGGCAACUCGGGCGUCUCGGCGCAGAUGAUGUUCCUGCAGAGCAACGGACAGGUCAUGAUCCUCGACAAGGUCGAGAACAACCCCGUCAGCGUCAACGGCCACCCGGCGUGGGCCGUGGCGUACAACUACAACUCGAACCAGUUCGCGACGCUCGACGUCACGUCGAACCCCUUCUGCGCCGGCGGCAUGACGCUCGGCGACGGCCGCUGGCUCGUCGUCGGCGGCAACAAGGCCGUCGGCCCCGGCGGCGUCACGGCCAAGGCGAAGACGGCGCCGUACAUGAACACGAGCGGCGGCAAGGCGCUGCGCCUCAUGUCGCCGUGCAGCGGCAGCGACUGCCAGUGGCGCGAGAAGAAGUCGAACCAGAUGGACAAGGAGCGCUGGUACGCGACGAUGGAGCCGAUGCGCGACGGCCACGUCAUGAUCCUCGGCGGCAUGCGCGACGGCGGCUUUGUGCCGUCGCAGUCGAGCAACGAGCCCUCGUACGAGUUCUACCCCAAGGUCGGCGGCUCGACGUACAUGGACCUGCUGAAGCGCACCGUGCCGCUCUCGCUCUACCCCAUCACGUACCUCAUGAGCGACAACCGCGUCUUUGUGCAGGGCAACAAGCAGGCCAUCCUCUGGAACACCGACUCGCUGCAGGAGGACCGCCUGCCCAACGCGCCCGUGCCCGUCAACUACCCCGCCUCGGGCGGCACGGCGAUGCUGCCGCUGCGCCCGCAGGACAACUACAGCGAGACGAUCAUCGAGUGCGGCGGCAUGUCGCUCGGCUCCGCGGCCAACUGGGGCAACGAGGGCGGACCCAAGGUCAUGGUCACGCAGAAGGCCGCCAGCCAGCAGUGCAACACGAUCCAGCCGCUCGGCGACCGCACGUGGCGCGCCACCGACGGCCUCGCCGAGGGCCGCAGCAUGGGCCAGUUCAUCAACCUGCCCAACGGCGAGCUGCUCUUCAUCAACGGCGCCAAGACGGGUGUCGCUGGCUACACCACGGACCCCAACUCGCCGGGCAAGCCGACGGGCCGCAGCUUCGGCGACAACCCGUCGUACCAGCCGACGGUCUACAACCCGGACGCGCCGGCCGGCCAGCGCUGGCGCAACGUCGGCCGCGGCAACGUGGCUCGCCUGUACCACUCGUCGGCCACGCUGCUGCCCGACUCGUCGGUCCUCAUCGCCGGCAGCAACCCCAACCCCGACUUUACCAAGAAGAAGUGGAAGACGGAGUACUCGGUCGAGCGCUGGUACCCCGAGUACUACGACGCACCGCGCCCGUCGGCCAACGGCCUGCCGGACGCCUUCGGCUACGGCGGCCAGGGCUUCACGCUCAACAUGAACUCGGCCGACGAUGCGUCCAAGACCAAGGUCGUGCUCGUGCGCACCGGCUUCUCGACGCACGGCAUGAACAUGGGCCAGCGCAUGAUCGAGCUCAAGACGGCCUCGUCGGGCAGCACCGUCAACGUCGCGCAGCUGCCGCCGAACCCGGCACUCUUCGCUCCCGGCCCGGCGCUUGCCUUCGUCGUCGUCAACGGCGUGCCGUCGCAGGGUCAGUUCGUCAUGGUCGGUAACGGCCGCAUCGGCGCCCAGGACGUGCAGGCCGAGUCGCGGCUGCGCAGCAGCAACCAGCGCUUCGCCACGGCGCAGGCGCCGCCGGACAACUCGGAGGCUGUGCGCAAGGCUCAGGCCCUGCACGGCGAGCCCGUGCGCGGCCAGAGCAUCGUCGGCAGCGCCACGCCGGCCAAGAGCAUCCAGAGCCUCGUCGACGACACGCUCGCUGCCUUCAGCAACGGCUCCGCCGGCCACCCGCACCUCUCGGGCCGCGGCCUCGAGCGCCACCGCCGCCGCUCGCCACACCACGCCGGGUCCCAGCUGAUCUGAUUCGGCACGUGGGCCUUUCGCCGCUUCUCUUCUUACCGACCGACCGACACACACGCCUUGACCCGUCUCGCUCUCGCUCACUCUUACGCCCGUACGCAUCGCCUGUCCGGCCGCUUCUCGACCCAGUCACACCCCC